CGCCGGCCGCCGGCGGCAGUGCGGCCCGCGGCGCCGUCCCAGUAACAGUCAUGGGCAACGUGCCCGGCUCGGAGGCCGCCGAGCACGACUACGAGGAGGGCGAGAAAGGCAUCGUGAUCGGCAUUCGCCACGAUGAGAACUCCAACCCGUCGUCGCCGUCCUCGCCGAUGGCGCCGCCCGGCGUCAGACAAGGGGACAGUAUCGCAGACGUGCACGUGGGCGAGCUGGACUUCACGGAAGUGCCGACCCCGCCGGACGGAGGCUACGGCUGGGUCAUCGUCUUCGCCUCCUUCCUCUGCAACAUGAUCGUGGACGGCAUCGCUUACAGCUUCGGUAUCUUCAUGCCGGCCUUCGUGGAGUACUUCGGCGAGGGUGUCGGCAAGGUGGCCUGGGUGGGCAGUCUGCUGAACGGCGUCUACCUCAGCGCUGGUCCGAUCGUCAGCGGACUGACGAACGUGUACGGCUGUCGGCCGGUGACCAUCGCCGGCGGCAUCAUGGCCGGCACGGCGUUCCUCAUCUCGACCACGGUCAGCAGCGUCUCCUGGCUGAUGCUGGUGUACGGAGUCAUCGGAGGUAGGUGACGGACGAGCGCGGUCUGGGGCUUCGGCCUGAUCUACCUACCGGCGAUCGUCACCGUCAACUACUACUUCGAGUCGCGCCGCGCGCUGGCCACCGGCAUCGCCGUGUGUGGGUCUGGCGUCGGCACGUUCGUCUUCGCCCCCUUCGCCUCCUACAUGCUGGGCCAGUAUGGAUGGAGUGCCAACAUGAUCCUGGCUGGCAUCAUCUUCAACGCCGUGGUGUGCGGGGCGCUGAUGCGUCCGCUCGUCUACAAGAAGCCCAAGGCGAGCCAGAAGCCGCUGCUUGCAGAAGAUGGCCGAGGACAAACAGCGCCAGUUGAGCGUGGUUCCAACGUCUCCGACAGCUUCUUUUUCGUCCAGCUGCCGGACGGCACGCUCGAGCGCCGGCCCAAGUGGAAGAUGAACGCCGACCCGGGCGUGCACUCGUCGCUGGCGCUCAACGAGUUCGGCUCGCCGUCGGCGGCGCUGCCGACGAUCGCGGAGGCGGCGCGCACGGGCGGCUCCAGCUCACCCGAUGGCCCCAAAGCCAACGCCAAGGAAGGCGACAACGACUCGGAGAAGGCCAGCGACGAGGAAAAGAACGACGUGGUGCCCGAGCUGCCGGGCGAGGACCUCGAGCUGGGCCGGCGCGGCAGCAAGAAGGAGCAACACGAGCGUGAGCGCGCCGGCUCGCGCGGGCUCGCUGCCGCGCCCCGGCGAGAUGUUGCGCCUAUGAGUCGGCGCGACAUCUUCUACAGCGGCAGCAUCGCGCACCUGGCGCAGUACCAGAGCCAGCGCAGCCUGGCCUCGUACCGCGCCUCGGUGCUCUCGCUGCCCGGGACGGAUACGCCGACCAGCACCCUCCUGCGCAACCCGCUCUUCAUCCUCAUCUGCGCCAGCAACGUCUUCGGCAUGCUGGGCUUCUACGUGCCGUUCGUGUACAUCGUGGACUCGGCCAUGAUGAAGUCUGACCUGUGA